UCAAAACAAACCAACAUGGCGUCGGAUGGCCGCUCUGUUUGCCGACACAGGCGCCAGUUUCAAUCCUCUUCCAUCCGUAAUAAAUUGUAAGCACAGUGUUGAGUUUGUCGUCAUGUUCAGUAUUUGGAGACAGGCGGAACCGCGUUACAGCUGUGAGUUUUAGCGUCUUUUGAAGGAGUUGUGUCAGAGAGUCAUGGAGGAGCUGGAGAACAAGAGAGAUACAUUUUUACGGGUUCGGGCAAACAGGCAAACAAGAUUGAAUGCCCGUAUAGGGAAGAUGAAGAGGAGGAAGCCUGAGGAUGGGGGCCAGGUAUGUCCGCUGUGCAGUGCCCCACUGGCUGGGAGCGAGGAGGAGAUGAGUAGACAUGUGGAACAAUGCCUGAUCCAGCGUGAAGGUGCUUUAGUUGACGAGGACUCCGUGGACAUGGACGGAGAAAAUGGGCGGGGCUUUGAUGAGUACGAGUGGGCGGGGCAGAAGAGGAUCAGAGCUACAGCUUUGUUGGAGGGAGGCUUCAGAGGAUCAGGCUUUGCAACAUGUAGCAUCAAGGAGAGCGCCGCCGACAGCGACGCAGACCUCGACGUGGAUGGAGACGACACCUUGGAGUACGGUAAAGCCCAAUACACUGAAGCCGAUAUCAUCCCCUGCUCUGGCGCUGGUGAGGACCAAGGAGAGGCCAGGGAGAGGGAGGCGCUACGAGGAGCUGUGCUCAAUGGUGGGAUGCCUUCUAACAGAAUAACGCCUGAAUUCUCCAAAUGGGCCAGUGAUGAGAUGCCUUCCACAAGCAACGGAGAGAGCAGCAAGACCGACCCAAGCACUCCUUCAUCUUCUUCCUCUUCCUCAUGUGCCCCACGCACCUGUAAAAACAGCGAGAUUGAAAAAGUGACUGAGGAAGAAUCAACAGCAACUACUAUGGAGGCGUUGAAGGCCCGAAUCAGGGAGCUAGAAAAGCAGAUACUGCGAGGAGACCGAUACAAGUGUCUCAUCUGCAUGGACUCCUACACGAUGCCGCUCACCUCCAUCCAAUGUUGGCACGUCCAUUGUGAAGAGUGCUGGCUCAGGACUCUGGGUAACAAGAAGCUAUGCCCGCAGUGCAACACCAUCACCUCACCUGGAGACCUGAGGCGUGUCUACUUGUAAAGAGCACAACCCCCGCCUCUUCAUCUGUUCAGUCCAUUCCUCCAUUGUGGAUGUCAUUUUUUCCCAGUAGUCAUUUGGUUUUAUCUCUCUUUCUUGUGGACUGGGUUGAAAGCUCUGAAGCCUCCAAGAGCGUUCAGAGACAAG